AUGGCACCGGUUAGCCUUCCUCCUGGUUUCAGGUUUCAUCCAACUGACGAAGAGCUCGUUGCAUACUAUCUCAAGAGGAAGAUCAAUGGGCAAACGAUUGAGUUGGAAAUCAUCCCCGAGGUUGAUCUCUACAAAUGUGAGCCAUGGGAUUUACCAGAGAAGUCGUUUUUACCAAGCAAUGAUCUUGAGUGGUACUUCUUCAGUCCCCGAGAUCGCAAGUACCCAAAUGGUUCGAGGACAAACCGUGCAACUCAAGGUGGUUACUGGAAAGCAACAGGGAAGGACCGCAAAGUAAGCUCUCAGAGGCGUGCAGUGGGCAUGAAAAAGACUCUUGUUUACUACCGAGGCCGAGCACCUCACGGCUCUCGAACUGAUUGGGUCAUGCAUGAAUACCGUCUAGAUGAAAAGGAAUGUGAAACUGCCUUUGGUUUACAGGAUGCCUAUGCGCUAUGUCGCAUCUUCAAGAAGAGCACACCAAGUCCAAAGAUAAUAGAGCAUUACGGAUCUCCUUACGAAGAACACUCCCAGUGGAUGUCAAAUGAUCGUUCCCCUACCGUUGAUCUCUUCUCUGAUGGAAGAGGUGUGGUCUUGGAGAGCCUUUAUCCUCGAGAGACAUGCUCAUCUGAGAUGAUCCAGGGUGCAUCAUCUAAUGCAAGUGCUUCAAUUGAUACCAAGUGGAUGCAUUUUCUCAAUGAAGAGGCAUUUGCCUCCUCAACUCCAUUUCACCACCCUUCAAGCAUUUCUAAUGUGCCGUCCAAGGUGGAUGUAGAGUGUGCAUGGCUGCAACACAGGCUCUCCAUGCCCCCUUUGGAGGUGGACUACCAACAACUUGAUCUUUCCGAACCUAAGAUCCUUCAAUCUGGGAGAUUACGAGGUAAUACUAAAAAGGUGGACAAUUUGCAAGAGAUCCAAUCAAUUGCUUCAGCCUCUCAGGAACUUGUUAACAAUGCUAGCUACACUGACAUAUGGGCUGGAAGUUGUUCUCAGUUUGAUGAGUUUUCCUCCCUAUUGGAGUUCGGAGUCAAUAGGAAAACUGAAGGCAUACACUUCUCUCAAAUGGAUGGAUUGGGUUCUUCAAGAUCCAUGCCUAAGCCAUAUGAAGUAGAAGAGCCAACAAAGUUGAUAGAGAUAAGUGAUCUAGAAGAGGAGUUUAAAGAUAAGAAGAGAAAAGAGAACCUAAAAGGGGUGAAAAUAUUGAGCAAUGAAAUAAUAGAGAUAGCUCUAACGGAGCAACAGAGCACACCAAUUGAGAGCAUUCCAAGUCAUCAAGUAAAAGAGAAUGCAGAUGCUGAAGGAGAAGCCAAUCUAUACACAAAUUCGCCUGAUAAAGGAGGCAUUGGCAACAAACCCAUCUUUUCACAAGUUCAACCCGAUGAUUUUGCUCUUGGUUUCAUUCAUCCAUUGGAGGUCUACCAGCAGGACCACGACAACAAUGCUUAUGCCACGGAACCGGCAAUUGAUGUUUAUGAGAAAGUUGAAGUCAAGCAUGGGUUAUUUGUUUCAAGUGGGGGUGCAGCUGAAACAUUCUUUCUUCAUGUUGAGCCUUUGAAGAAGGUCAGGUUCCAUCUGAACCCAAUGGUUAGACAAGACAUGGCUGAGAGGAAUGAAUUUCCAACAAAAGAUAGAGGUAGAUUUUCUUUCUUUGGCUCGUUCAAGGCAUUUAUUGAAGAAAACACUCAGAGGAUGACAGGGAAGAUUUCCAUGAAGGCACUCAGAAGGUCCUUUAUUGGCGACAAAACAGUGUUUGGAAUGCUACAAAUUCUUGCAGUUCUGAUGACAUCAUGCAUUUAUUUCGGGGAGGUGUCAGAUCAAGCAAAUCUGAGGAAGCAAUUUUUUUCAAUGGAUCAUCCCAUGAAAGGAGAAAGAGAGGGUAGAUAUCUUGACGGACCAAAGAAAGCGAAGGAAGGUGAAGACAACAUUUGGUUUCUCAACGUCAGAGGGAAAAGCAUUUCCAGUACGUUUUUAAAUGGGAAAUGA